AAAGAAGUUUCACUUCAAAAACAUGAAAUCUACCAAUUGAUUAAUGCAUGACGAUGUCUUUUUAAAUUAAAAAUGUGUUAAACACAGAAUUGUUAAUUGGUUUUUGUUCACAUAUUUGCGAUUUAUAUUUUAUGCGUAGAAGAUUUUCUUUAGGCGACACAGACGGUCAAAAUGUUAAUAAUAUUAUGCAUAAUACAAGUUGCCAUAGCAAGGAAUCUGGAAAAAGAUUUAAAAAAACCGAGACAUAAUUAUAUGCAAGAGCCUAGUCUCAUGCCUGCUGAUUUAGACUACAGUAGUCUCUUUCCAAGUGACUACAAACCUCAACUCCCUGACGAAAUCCUGGCAGUUUUGCACGACGAAAAUACUGACAGCAAUUUUGAUAAGACAAAAAAAGACCAACCGUCCAGACUUAAUUUUGCUAAAUGGUUUGAAGAUGCCAUGUCCAAUAAAAAACCAACGGUUGUAAAAGAAGUAAAACCAAAUUGCACUGAACAGAAGUUGGAGGACAUCAUUCAUCACCUGUCAAUAUUGAAUGACAAUAUUGAAGAACUAAAGACCAUUAUGAAAUCGAACAACGCUUAUUUGGUAAUGAAAGUCCCAAAUCGUCCGAAACAAAGGAGGAAGAGAGACGUUAAUUCUACUAAAGUUGAUAAUGACGUAAAAACUGACAACAAAACUGAAGGCGGACGGAGGUACAUGUCAAUUGUGGACACACCGAAUGAUGUAAAAACCAAACUACUUUUCUACUUAGACGAAGCAUUCAAAGAAAUAGAUAAGAAAAUCGAGCCUCUUAACAUAUUAAAAAAAACCUAUGUCGACAACAAUUAUUUCAAAAUUGGGUACAUUGUGGCAAACAUUGACACUUUGGAGAUUAAUUUGAAAAAAAUGAAGGAUGAAAUGGAUGAAAACAAACAUCUGUGGGAUGACAGGAAAGUUCUAGAACUUUUUGACAGACUGAAAGCGUCUGACAACGUCCUGACAAGUUUGCUUGAUUCAGUCAAACUUUACGUUGAUAUGAAGAAUGUUUAUUAAUUUAAUAAAGCAUCUUUUAGGUUAUAUUCUUAUUUUCGGGUUUAA